AUGGAACCGGUUAUAACUUCAUUCCUCGACACGGACAUGUACAAAUUGACGAUGCAUGCCGCUGUCUAUACACAUUUUAAGGAUGUCAAAGUCAAGUACAAGUAUACCAACCGAUCGCCUCAGAUGACGUUCAAUAAGGAAGCUGUGGAAUGGUUGAAGGGUCAAUUCCUAUUAUUGGCUAAUAUAAGACUUACUACUGAGGAACUGAAAUACAUCAAGGAGGCUAUUCCGUACCUGCCAGCGGAAUAUUUGGAAUUUAUAUCUAACGGUGGGUUCGAAGUAAAUCCAAAGGAUGAAAUUAAAUUUGAGGCCAGGGAAAUUGAGGGUGAACCUGGUCAUUACGAGUUGGAUAUCUCCAUUGAGGGAUUAUGGAUCAAGACUAUAUGGUACGAGAUCCCAGUGCUUGCGUUGGUGUCAGAAGCGUACUUCAAAUUCGUGGAUACGGAUUGGACUUACGAUGGUCAGGUCGAGAAAGCUUAUGCCAAGGCCAAAAAGCUUUUGGAUCACGAUAUCGUAUUCAGUGAGUUUGGUACUAGACGUCGUAGAUCUUUCAAGACUCAAGAUCUUGUCAUGCAAGGUAUCAUAAAUGCCGCUAAGGAUUGUGAUAAGUCUAAAUACGUAUUGGGUACCUCGAACGUGUUAUUCGCUAAGAAAUAUAACGUAAACCCUAUCGGUACAGUAGCGCAUGAGUGGAUGAUGGGUAUUGCAUCCAUUACAAAUGACUAUCUGAAUGCAAAUAAGAACGCAAUGGAUUACUGGAUUGAGACGUUUGGUAUGGAAAAUGCGGGUCUUGCACUAACAGAUACUUUUGGUACCGAUUCGUUCUUGAAAUCGUUCUACCCACCUUAUUCAGAUGCAUACAUUGGGGUGAGACAGGACUCUGGAGACCCAAUUUUGUACACUGAGAAAAUCGCUCAUCAUUACAAUGACGUAUUGAAGCUCCCAAAGUUCUCAAAGAUAAUCUGCUAUUCAGACUCUCUUAACCCAGAUCGAGCAAUAGAAUAUGCCCAAGUGGCUCAUAAACAUGGUCUAAAGGCAACUUUCGGUAUCGGUACGAAUUUCACCAACGAUUUCCAAAGAAAAUCUGAUGUCUCAGUGAAAAGUGAACCGCUGAAUAUUGUCAUAAAACUACUGGAGGUUAAUGGGAACCAUGCCAUCAAGAUUUCCGAUAAUUUAGGUAAAAAUAUGGGUGACCCAGAGACAGUUCGUAGAGUGAAGGAAGAAUUGGGCUAUGUUGAGAGAAAGUAUGCAGGUGAUAAUGAAGCUCAUAGAUGGGCUGCUUAA